AUGAAUUUGGUCGUCAUAGCCGCUGUCAUAGCGGUUACCAGUGCCGCCAAACUCGAUCGUACGUACCUCCCUCCCGCAUCAGCUAAAACUGCUGGUGGUCACCCUGGGGAGCUCCAAACUCCUUUCGCAUCUAAAUCCUUCAAUCAAGGUCUCGGAGGCAUCCCUAAAGGAGGUUUUGAAAAUGAAUUCAAAGGCGUAGUCGUUGAUGCAGCCUCGCCUGGCACAAGAGCAUCCGGCGAUGCUGAAACAGGUCUCGGAGCACCAAGAAUAGCUUAUGGAUCAACCAAUUCUAAAGUAGGCGAUGCCGCUUUCAGUAGUCCUGUAGCUGGAUUCCGAACACAGAACCAAUUUGGUGAUCAAUCUGGUAAUGAAAACCAAAUCCCUGAUGGACAAACGGCUGGAACGAAUCUUAACACUCAGAAUUUCGCGCAAAAGCCCGGUCAAUCUUACGAAUCGCAAUACCGAUCUCAGGAAUUGAAUACGCGAGACCAAAACGCAAAUAUUGUGAGAUUUGACAGUGACGUUGGAGUGGAAAGUUACAGUUAUUCUUUCGAAACUGAUAAUGGGAUAUCUGCUGAAGAAUCAGGAGUGGCCACUAACGGUGUUCAGGCUCAAGGUGGAUAUUCCUACACUGGUGAUGAUGGACAGGUUUAUAGUGUAACGUACACUGCUGACGAAGGUGGAUAUCAGCCUAAAGGUGAUCAUCUGCCGACUCCUCCCCCGAUUCCUGAGGAGAUCUUGAAGUCGUUGGAACAGAAUGCUCGGGACGAAGCAGCUGGGCUUGUCGAUGAUGGCUCGUACGAUGCUCAGAAGUACAAUGUAGGAGGCGAUUACACGGAAAACGAUGAUGCAGGCAGUCACAAUAGCAGACAGCCAGCACAGUUUGGGAACCGACCAAAUUCCGAUGUCUCGUCUAGUGGUUCAUUCAUCAACCAGGGUAAUCGACCCUUUGUGAAACCGAAUGUCAACAGCCAAACACAACAAUCCGGGCAAAUCAAUUCGGCGUCAGCUUCUGUUAAUUUUGGAUCUUCCCCCAAUAGUUUUGGACAAGCAGCAGUUUCAUCAAACGCAGCCAAUGGUUUCGGACAAGCCAGUCAUUCUCUUUCUCAUCUGUUCCAGCAAAAUAAACCUUCUAUCAAUACAGGACUAGAAGAUUCUGAAAAUGCUAAUACAUUUGACAGCCCUACCUUUGAAACAACUUCUCAGACUGGAAGCUCACAGAAUUUCAUUCAACAACAAGUUAAACCUCAGCAACCGUCCUUUGGGAAGCCUCAACCUGAGUCGCAAUCCUUCAAUGGACAAAGUUCUAUCAAUAGACAUGAUUCUUUAAGUUCAUCAUCAAACAAUGGAAAUGGUUUUGGACUAAGGCAGCCCUCUGGUCAGUCUGUAAAUAAACUUGGAAACAAUGAAUAUUUACCUCCAGUAAAUGGAUUUAAUAAAAGACCUUCCCAGUCAACUCCCCAAAAGCUUACAACUUCUUCUGGAACUACGCAAGGUUUCAAUCAAUUCUCUCAAACAACAACGAAACCACAAGAUGCUAGUGGAUCUCAGUCUCAUGGACAUCAGCAGUUUGGUGAUUCUUCAAGUAAUCAGCUGACAAACAACCAAAAUCAUGCUGGUUUUACUUCCUCCCAAAAUAAUGGUGGAGUACCAUCAAGUAGUAAGCCGUCAUUUGGUGGAUCUCAAAGCUUUCAACCACUUCAGUCUACUAGACAGCCACUAACAGAGUUAACAACUCCAUUUGAAAGUAACCCCCAGUCACAAGGAAAUAAUCAAGGUUCGGUAUUUGGAACUUUCAAUACUCAAUCUAGUCACAAUCGACCUACACAAUCUUCAUUCGCAAACCAUCAAGCUCCAACAUCAGCUACUUCUUUUGCCUCAUCAACUACAAUUAACCAACAAGGAUCUGAUUCCAGGCCAUUGGAACCUAAUACCCAAACUGCCUCUUUGUCUAAUCAGAGACCACAAAGUUCUAACCAAUUCCAUCUACAAAAUGUAGGUGAACAAUCCCUAUCUCAAAAUCAACACAGCGAUGCUCAAUUUGCAUCAAGUACACAGAGACCCAUAUUUAAUCAAAAUAUUCAAGCCCAAGGCCCUGAUGAUUCUUACUAUUAUAACCAGCCAUCCAAAACUUUCAGUACACCAAAUACUCAGGCUUCCAGAUUUCCUAAUACGCCAUUUAAUCAAUUUAAUAGAGUAACAACGCGACCUUCAUUCAGUUCUAACGCCAAUGCUCAAGUUAGCAUAUCCCAAGGAAAUUUCCCUGGUAACACAUUUACUCAGAAUACUCAAGGAUCAUCCAGAUAUCCUCAACCGCCUGUUUUAUCUUCGGUUGCACCUACUUCUCCUACUCAGGGAAGUACUGCUGCUUCGUUUAAUGGAAUAACUCAAGCUUCUGCUUCAUCGUUUACUUCUGGAGCUCCCACACCUUCAACACAAUUCUCAUCUCAAAAUUCCUUCUCAUCUUUUGGUAGAAGACCGACCCAGCAGAUCAAUGGUCAGUUUGAUAACCAAGCCGAAUCAAAGCCAAAUCAGCAAGGUUUUGAUAAACAAACAACAGCUUUGCCUCAAAGCUUCACCAAUAUCAACAAAAAUCAAUACCAACAACAAAAUUCAUUCCAAACGCAACAAACAGUCAAUGCUAACCAGCAAUCCCCUAAUUCUGAUGACUCUCCAGCUGUUCCCAGUCAACAAUACGAUGGCGAAAUUUAUGAAUACAACAAACCAGCUGAGACUCUGCCACCUCCAACCGAAGAGGAUAAAAAAGCGGGCUUCGGACAGUUUGGUCGCCAACCGGUCAAGCCUAAAUUUGGACAGCAGAAGGCUCCAGAAUCAAGCGACUCUCAAUCAGGUUCAACUCACAGCCGACCUCAGUUUGCUUCGCAGACUUUUGGCCAAAAAACACAAACAAGUCAGCAGCUUCAAUUCAGUGGACAAUCUGAUUCUAGGCAACCAUUCGGUCAACAAACAUCAUCUUUUGCAAAUGCUCAGCCAACACAAGUAUCGUCUUUUGCCCAAAGCAUAAAUUCUCCAAGUACCCAAUCUCAUGACCAGUUUAAGGCCCAGUCAGUCCAACAGUUUGGUUCAAGGCCUUCAAAUAAUCAACUCAGUCAAUCACAGUUUAACAACGUACAGUCAGGAGCUCAGGAAGAAAGUAGACUAAGGCCGUCCGACCGCCCUUGUUGUAGAAAAUUACCAAGCGCUCCUCAAGUCCAGUCUAAUCAAUUAACACAAAGUCAAGGACAAUUCGGAGUUUCAGAUUUUACUGCUCAAAGUUUCAAGCCCGAACAGGCUUCAGCUCAAAGCUUUGCAGGUAAAGGGGAAGUAUUCGGAGGCCCAAGAAAGCCCCCGAGCUUUGAUGAAGAAACAGUCCUGUCAGUGAUAGCCUGUGGCUAUGCAGCCAAGUUGGACAGGACUUAUCUACCACCAGCAAGCGCUGCUACGGCUGGAGGUAGCCCAGGAUCUCUGGCAGCUCCAUUUGGAUCUUCCCCAACUCAAGGCUUUGGUCAAUCAAAUUUCGGAGGUCCUACAGGUCCUAGUGCAUUUGGCCCAGCUAGUCAAUCACCUGCUUUCGGAAAGACUGGACCAUCCAACUCGCCGCAAGCAUCAUUCGGUCAAAACUCUUUGGAACAACCAGCCAGACCAGGAACUCAAUAUGGACCACCAUCUUCAUCUGGAAUCUCACAAGCUGGAGUUGCUGGACGCGGUUCAGGCUCUAGUUUUGGACCCGCUGCUUUUGGUCAAAAUGCUCCGGUUGGACCCGCUGGUAAUUCAGCCUCCGGUUUUGGACCUUCCAACUUUGGACAAGGACAAAAUGUUCCUGCCCAAUCUCAACCAGAAAGACCUCAAGCAUCAGCAGACAGAACCGCAGAAAUCUUAAGAUAUGAAAACGAAAACGAUGGCAACACUUUCUCGUACAGUUUCGAGACAUCCAACGGUAUUUCAGCCGAAGAAUCUGGAGUGGCCACUAACGGUGUUCAGGCUCAAGGUGGAUAUUCGUACACGGCUGAUGACGGUGAAGUGUAUAGAGUGACGUAUACUGCUGACGAGAACGGCUACCAGCCCCAGGGAGAUCAUUUGCCCACUUCUCCUCCCAUUCCUGAUGAGAUUCUUAGGUCGAUUGAGGAGAACGCCAGGGCUGCUGCCGCUGGAACACAAGAAGGUGCUUACCAACCAGAUGACAAUGAAUCUGGAAAUUCUCCUCAGCAGUAUUCAGGCUCUUCUUCGUCUUACAAUCAAGGCCAGUCAUCCGCCCAGUCUUUCAAUCAACCUCAAGGAACUCAGAGACCGUCUCAGCAGUAUGGUACUCCCAAUGCACCAUCAAGACCUGGAUCAUUCAACCAAGCCCAAUCGGGAGCAACAUUGCUUCUUCUACUGGACCAGCACAGCGACCUCAAGGCAACGACAAUGGAUACCAGUACGACCGUCCGCAAGGAGCUCCAGGAUCUUUUGCCUCUUCUCGUCAGGAUCAGUCUUCUGCCCAAAGCCGCCCACAGCAAUAUGGCGCUGCAUCUCGAGGCUCUAACCAGGGGCCAUCUCAACAAUACGGCGCCCCAGCCAUUGGUGGAUCUAGCCAACAGUAUAAUGCUCCAUCUUCUUUCGGGCAAGGCUCUCAGCAAGCCGCUUCUGCUCCCACAGGAUCCAACCGACCUUCUCAGCAAUAUGGUGCCCCCGCGUCUUCUUCCACUGGAUCAGUUCAAGGUUCCCGUCAACAAUAUAACGCUCCUGUCUCCGCUCAAGGUGCUCCCAAUACACAACGACCUUCUCAACAGUAUGGUAGCCCAAUCGGAACAAACCAGGCUCAAUUUGGAUCACCAAGCUCUUCUGCUCCUUCCAGACAAUUCACUGGAUCAUUCCAGGCCCCCCGUCGAGACCAAUCACAAGCUCAAAGCCGACCUCAAAGCGCAGUCGGCAGAGGAUCUCAAGCCCAAGAUGAUAAUGGAUACCAGUAUAACCGCCCUCAGGGAGCUCCGUUUGGUCAAGGACCCAAUAAUAUCAGGUCUCAACCUUCUGGUCAACAGUCGUCUGCUCCUCAAUACAACCAAGGUCAAUCUACUUUCCCUACGCCAGGACCUGCUUCCAGGCCAGGUGCAUCUUCUGGAAACUUUGGUGCCGGUCCCACAACCGGGCCUGCCGCCGCUCUCGUCAACCAGCCCCUGUUACCAGGCUCCAGAGGUCAAGGACCUGUCUCUCCCUCAAUUCAGGGUUCAUUCGGAUCUACUUCACAGUCUAAACCAGGUGUUAUGA